AUGUCCUCCACUGUCACCAUUUCCAAGAAGCGAAAGAUCGUCGCCGACGGUGUUUUCUACGCCGAGCUCAACGAGUUCUUCACCCGAGAGCUCGCCGAGGAGGGAUACUCCGGCGUCGAGGUCCGACUCACCCCCACCAAGACUGAGAUUGUUGUCCGAGCCACCCACACCAACAAGGUCCUUGGUGAGAACGGCCGACGAAUCCGAGAGCUCAUGUCUCUGGUCCAGAAGCGAUUCCGACUCCCCGAGGGAUCCGUCACCAUCUACGCUGAGCGAGUCCAGGAGCGAGGUCUGUCUGCCGUUGCCCAGUGCGAGUCCGUCAAGUACAAGCUGCUCAACGGUCUGGCCAUCCGACGAGCCGCUUACGGUGUUGUCCGAUACGUCAUGGACGCCGGCGCCAAGGGUGUUGAGGUUGUUGUUUCCGGAAAGCUGCGAGCUGCCCGAGCCAAGUCCAUGAAGUUUGCCGACGGUUUCAUGAUCCACUCCGGUCAGCCCGUCAACGACUUCAUUGACACUGCCACCCGACACGUUCUGCUGCGACAGGGUGUGCUCGGUGUCAAGGUCAAGAUCAUGCGAGACCCCGCCACCUCCAAGAAGCCCGGUGUGCCCAAGUCUCUGCCCGAUGCCGUCACCAUCUUCGAGCCCAAGGAGGAUGCUGUUGUUGCCGAGCCCAUGGUCAAGUCUUACGUUGUCAAGACUGAGGUUGCUGCUCCCGCUGCUGCCGAGCCCGUUGAGGCUUAA